GAAGGUGGCCAGGCGGCGCCGGCCUCGCGGGGGCGGCCUCGGCGAUGGCGGCUGGGCGGCGGCAGCGCUCUCCGUAGCCCGUGGAGCCGCGCCGCUGGAGGAUGGCCUCGCUUGGGCUGCCCGCUACGGGCGAGCAGGUCCCUGGGGCUGAGGCGGAGCCGGGCGGCUUGGGGCCGCCGCCGCCGCCGCCGCCAUCCUCUCUGGGGCCCCUGCUACCCUUGCAGCGGGAGCCGCUGUACAACUGGCAGGCGACCAAGGCGUCGCUGAAGGAGCGCUUCGCCUUCCUCUUCAACUCGGAGUUGCUGAGCGAUGUGCGCUUCGUGCUGGGCAAGGGCCGCGGCGGUGCCGCCGCCGCAGCCGGGGGUCCGCAGCGCAUCCCCGCCCACCGCUUCGUACUGGCCGCCGGCAGCGCUGUGUUCGACGCCAUGUUCAACGGCGGCAUGGCCACCACUUCGGCCGAGAUCGAGUUGCCCGACGUGGAGCCCGCCGCCUUCCUGGCGCUGCUGAGAUUUCUGUAUUCAGAUGAAGUUCAGAUUGGCCCAGAAACAGUUAUGACCACUCUUUAUACUGCGAAGAAAUAUGCAGUCCCAGCCUUGGAAGCACAUUGUGUGGAAUUUCUCACCAAACAUCUUAGGGCAGAUAAUGCCUUUAUGUUACUUACUCAGGCCCGAUUAUUUGAUGAACCUCAGCUUGCUAGUCUUUGUCUAGACACAAUAGACAAAAGCACAAUGGAUGCAAUAAGUGCAGAAGGGUUUACUGAUAUUGAUAUAGACACACUCUGUGCAGUUCUAGAAAGAGACACUCUUAGUAUCAGAGAAAGUCGACUUUUUGGAGCUGUUGUGCGAUGGGCAGAAGCAGAGUGUCAAAGACAACAAUUGCCUGUGACUUUUGGAAAUAAACAGAAAGUUCUAGGGAAAGCACUGUCAUUGAUCCGGUUCCCACUGAUGACCAUUGAGGAGUUUGCAGCUGGUCCUGCUCAGUCUGGAAUUCUGUCAGAUCGUGAAGUAGUAAAUCUCUUCCUUCAUUUUACUGUCAACCCUAAGCCCCGAGUUGAAUACAUUGAUCGACCAAGAUGCUGCCUCAGAGGAAAGGAAUGCUGCAUCAAUAGAUUCCAGCAAGUAGAGAGCCGCUGGGGUUACAGUGGAACAAGCGAUCGAAUCAGGUUCACAGUUAAUCGAAGAAUCUCUAUAGUUGGAUUUGGUUUAUAUGGAUCUAUUCAUGGUCCCACGGAUUAUCAAGUGAAUAUACAGAUCAUUGAAUAUGAGAAAAAACAGACCCUGGGGCAAAAUGAUACUGGAUUUAGUUGUGACGGGACUGCUAACACAUUCAGGGUCAUGUUCAAAGAACCUGUGGAGAUCCUGCCCAAUGUGUGCUACACGGCGUGCGCAACACUCAAAGGUCCAGAUUCCCACUAUGGCACAAAAGGACUGAAGAAAGUCGUGCAUGAAACACCUACUGCUAGCAAGACUGUCUUUUUCUUUUUCAGUUCCCCUGGCAAUAAUAAUGGCACUUCGAUAGAAGAUGGACAAAUACCAGAAAUAAUAUUUUAUACAUAACUUAGCAUUAUAAUACAUCUUGGCUAAAUAGUACCAUACAGUCUAGUCUCAAAGGCAUAAAAAACUGGCCACAAAAAAAGAGUUUGAGUGUUAUGAAUAUUUAUAAGAUAAGCGACAUCUUAAGUUUCUUAGAGGAAAUAGAUAAAUGUUGAUUUAAAUCUCUGCAUGAUUCAAAGGGAGAUUUUCCAUUUUCUUAUAACCUUAGGGAAAAAAAAGAACAGGGUUUAAUUGUUUUAAAAAAAAACAGCUAUUUCAGCUUUAUCUUGUAUAAUUUCAUAGAUCAGCUGACUCAUGAUCUUUGAGCAAGUUUUAUAAUUGAAAGAUCCUUGUUUUAUAAAGGUGGUUUGUUUUUUGUUUCUGUUUAACUCUUUUGAAGGUUACGUUAAGAUGAGGUAGGUCAGUAUUCCUACAGAAUUCCUUUUAACUCAAAUAACUAAUUUCAGAAAAUUAAGAAAACUGACCUCAUCUUUGGAGUUUUGAAAUAUCUGGCUGUCAGCAUUUGGAAUAUUGCUAAAAAUAAGCUGAACAAAUGCCUAAGGAAAUUUUCAAUGCAUUUACAAAAGGGUAUUUUAUAAUAGUAUGGUAAUAGGUUACAUAGUACAGUUUUAAACUAUAAAUGGAAUUUGUACAAAUUCGCAAUAAUCUGAUAUAAGCAAAAGGAUCGAAAGGUAUAAUCUAAGACUGGAUUCUUUAUUGCUAAACUGCACCACUCUACCUGUCUGUCUGUAUGGGGGAUGCUGCUGAGAAUUCCCGAGACUGAGAUGAUGAUGGCGAUGAUGACAAUGACAGUGACUAGGAACACAGACCUCAGUUCAACAUGGUGGCGAUAAUCUCACACAGCGAAGAAAUGGAAUAAAAUACAGAUAUUUCUAACAACUACUUCGAAAUUUUAAAGAUAUCCAACAGAAUCACUUCUGCUGAAAGUAUACUUUCUGUCACCUACACAGUUCUAUCCAAGAAAUAAAAUAUUCAUGACCUCACUGUCACGGUACCACUGUAUUAGGAGGGGAUAGGAAGUAUGUCUAGCAGAAUGAUAUUUCUAUACUUUUAUAAAGCAAAGGUUUUAUAUAAAUAACAUUUGUUUUUUCCCCCUUGAAAAUGAUUAUCUCAUUAAAAGUGUGUGUGUAAUUAAGGUAUGUCAAAUGGUUGUGGGAAGAUGGGUUAAAAAAAAUCACAAUUCUUUUAAGUAUCAACCUAAAAAGUAUUUUCUAAAUGGCAAUUAGGAUAUAAAAUUUUUUUCAUCCAAAGUAGUAUUUCAUUUGAUAUUUUCAAAGAAGGUAGUGAGGUGUGUUGGUUCCAGAGGUUUCUUAAAACUGCUGAGGAAAAGGGAAACUUCUCUAUCUCUGGUAGUAUGACCUUAUGGCAAUAAACUUCAGUUAACUGGAAUAGCUACAGAAUGUGUGGUUCUGGUUAACUAAAGAUUAACCAGCAAACAUUCUGUAGUUACCACUAUGGAAAAUACUUCUGCCUUAAAAUGUAUGGUAUACCAGGGAUAAGUUACUGUUUUUUGAUAUUUGAGGCCUUUCAGAUGCUUCAGAUAUGUGGCACUGAAUGAUUGUAACUGAAGGGAGUUCACAGAAGGGACAAGAAAGGGAACUGUUUACUGAUACGGGACAUCUCCUGGAAUUUAAAAAAAAAUAAAUACCUAUUAUCCUUUUAUUUA